AUGAUCCCCCCCCAGCAGUGCCCACCGCCGGCAUACACCUGGAAACCCCUAUCCGACUCCGUAAUCUACCAAACAAUAGCAAAGCUCAAACCAUACAAGGCACGGCAACCAGGAUCAAUACCGAACUGCGUAUACAAAUACAAUGCGCACGUACUUGUUCCCCGCCUGGGCCCAAUCUUCAGAGCCGGCGACGACCUGAACUACUAUCCAAUGGAUUGGAAUUAUACGCACUUCAUUGUGCUAAGAAAGCCGGGGCAAAUUGACUACACCAGCCCAGCAAGCUAUUGGCCGAUAGUCCUAUCAAAAGGACACCCAGGAUUAGAAAAUGCAGCGUGCACAAUGCAAAUCACGAUGGAAGCAGAGAAGACCGGUGUCUUACCCGCAACCCAAUACAGAGCAAGGCCAGGCCGGGCCAUGACAAACGCGAUACACAUGGUGGUCAAGACGGUGAUGGACGCAUGGAGGAGCAAGGAGGUUGCUAGCGCACCUAUAAAUCCCACUAGACACCUAUAA